GAUCGGGGAUUGUCUGCCAUGGGACUUCAGAGGACCCAGCUCCACAGUGCCCUGUCAGCAGACUGGGGACCCCAUACACAGAGAAAAGCUGACUUUGGGAAAGGAAGGCCUCUCCUUUGUUUAGGCCUUGUAUCCUCUUCCAUAUGGUGGAAGUGACAUCCCUUUCUCCUUCACAAAGAGGAUCCAGGAGAGAAUGUUUGUGAAGUACUUUGGGCCUAGUCCACCCAGCAUGGUUACUAACGUGCCUCCUGGGUAUGUGGCAGGGUCAGGCUAUCCUGUAAAGUCUGAGGGGUAAGGGAAAGCUUCCAAGAAGAGAGUGCUGAACCUGAGCUUUAAAGGGGAUACAAAUAUUGAUGAUCCUUUGAGAGAAGACAUUCCAGACUUGGGGAGCGAUGUAAACAGAAGUCCCCUUUAGGGCAAAGAGAGAGGCCAUCUUGUUUAGACGGAGUGUGUGAUAUGUAUAGGAAUAGACUAAUAAGAGAUGAGACAAGAUAAGACAUGUGGUGGGCACCAGAUUGUAAAAGAAUAGCAGCUAGGGAAACUGGGGUGCUAUAGUGUACAGAGCAUUGGGCCUGCAGUUCCUCUGUAGCCUGUGACCCAAGCUUUGUAACCCUGGGCAAAUUACUCAGCCUCUCCCUGCCUCAGUUUCCUCCUUUGAAAAAUGGGGAUACUAACAGCACCUACCUCCCAAGGGUGUUGUGAGGAAUCAAAUGAAAUAAUAUGUAAAGUGCUUUUUGCAGACCUUAAAGCAUGUUAGCAAAUGGUAGCUAGGAUUAUUAAAGGAGUUUCUGUUUACUUGAUAAGCAACAGAAUAACCACAUUUUUGAAUAAAAAUGACUAAGAAAGAUAGAUCAUUUUGGGUACUGUGUGAAUAAGAGAUUAGAGAAAGGCAGGAGAAUGUAAGGGAAAACCUAUCAGGAAGUUAAUGGAAUCACUCCACCUAGGCAUGGAGGUGGGAGUAAAGAUAAGAAAUGCCAGAGGUGCCAGAGGCUGAGAUAAUCGUUGGAUGUUAACAGUUAGGAGCAAAUCUGAGAUGACCAAGGUGGUGAAAGAUGGUGGGAUCCCUUGAAAAGUCAAGUGAGAAGAAAGUAAACCUAGUUGUGGAAAAGCUGAAUUUAAGGCUGGAUUGGGACCUCUGGGUGUCAGUAUUCAUAUGAUGAUCUAGAGCUUUGAAGAGUUGGCCGAACUUAUGUAGAUUUGGGAAGUGAAGCUUGAAUGAGAUUGCCUAGAGUUAGUGCUUUGAGAGAAAGGUAAGAACUGAGCCAUGUAGAACCAACACCUCUAUAAAAGAAUAGGAAGAGAGCAGACAGCUAGUGAAGGAGAGAGAGGGAAUGAUCACCAGGACCAUGUGGUGUCACUGAAGCCAAGGGAAAAGAAAGUGGCCAAAGAGUGGUCAGUGGUGGCAGAUGCUAUACAGGAAGGUGGUUUGGUCAUUGUUGACCUUUGAAGAGUGGUCAGUGGAGUGAUGGGAGCUGAAAAUACUCUUAAAAGAGGUGAAGAAGGGAAUAAGGGGGUGAGGAUGUGUCCACACACAAUGUUUUUAACCUUUUCCAGAAAGGAGAAGAUGGAAUGGUAGUUAGACUUUUUUUUAGAAGUGGGGAUAAUAGUACAUGGGAAGAAGCCUGUAGUGAGGGAGAGAGACAGGAGCUCUAUAGAAAGAAAAACUUCCUGCUGGAGCUAGGUCUUCAGGAGAGAAAGGGGGAUUAGGAGGGCAGGUCUCCAAGGGCUUACUUAGCCUUGAUAAAGCUCUUUAGUUGGCUCUAAAUAGGAAAGAAGAACCAGUGGGGUAGAGAAGCUUGGAGGAUUAGAUCUGAGAGUGCUUAUGUCAGAGGGCCUCUGCAGGAGUUACUAAGUCAUCUGCUAUACAGGUGGGGGCUGUGGGUAUAGAGGUGUUGAAAAGACAAGCAAAGUUUGGAGUGGGGUUCAUAGAAAAGGAAAUGGAGAAUUAAAUAAAAGAAGAGGUUUGUGGGGCAGGAGCAAGGGCCCAGCAGAGGUUGGGUACCCUUUGCUGGAAAGAGGAAAGGGGGAUGAGGUGAUAGGCUGGGGUGGUGGAAGACUUUCCCCAGGACCUGGGAUAUACUGGGAUUUCUUUCUGCCUUUGUAUUAGAGCUCUCUGAUUUCUGCCAUGAUCAAGCUUUGAUCUAUUCAGGAACUCUUCUGGGUGGUGGUGUGUUAUAUAUAGUCAAUCAACAAACCCUUAAUACAUUAUACAAUACCUGGCACUAGGGAUACAAAGACAAAAUGAAGCAGGCCUUGCCCUCAAGAAGUGUACAUAUGUGUGUAUGUAUAUGUAAAAUAACUUAAGAUAAUUUGUGGUGUCAAGGGCAGUGAGAAAACAGGGGUCAGGACCAGGAAAGGUCACAGCAGGAAGGUGUCAGCAGCUCUUUUGAAGGAAACGAUCUGAAGGAGCAGAGUGAAUUCUAGGCCUAGCAAACAGCCUAACCACAGGGCCUGUUGUGGCUGGGCUUCAGUGUAAGGAGGAGGGCCAGUGGUGUAGAGGCAAGGUAGGCUCAGAUCAAGGCAUGAAAGCCUUUCAGAGUCAAACCAGAUUAAUGGUGACGCCAUUGGAAUUAAGGGAGGGAAAUGACAUGGUGUCAGUCUGUGCUUUAGGACAGUUGCUUUGGCUGUUUUGUGGAGGGCUAAUGGACAGAAGUGGCAAGAUAAGUGCAGUAGACUAGCUAUGAGGUAAUAGGACCUAAACUAGGGUGGUGGCUUGUGAAUAAACAGAAGGGAACAGAUAGUUGACACAGAGGUAGAAAUGGCAACUGAUACAUGUGAAGUCAAAGGAAAUGCCAGGCUGUGAACCUAUGUGACUGAAGAAUAGUGGUAUUGCCCUUGACGGAAAGGACAUUUGGAAUGAAGAAGGAAUUACAAGCAGAAGCCACUGUUAGUGGUAUCUCUGAGUCUUCUGGAGCAAAUGUGAUACCUGAGGCUAAGGAGGAGGGCUCUGCAAACCUGUCGGUGACUGGGGUUUAUUUUACCUGCCCAUUUACUGGAGCCAUCUUGAGAAAGGACCAGAGGGAUGCCCACAUCAAAGAGGUCAUUAAUGAGUAUGCGGACAAAGACCCAGUGACUGCUUCCAUCAUGAAGAUCCAUACGUUCAACAGGGACCGAGAGAAAGUGAAGUUGGGGGUGGACACCAUUGCCAAGUACCUGGACAACAUCCAUCUUCACCCAGAAGAGGAGAAAUACAGGAAAAUCAAAUUGCAAAACAAAGUGUUUCAGGAGCGGAUCAACUGCCUAGAAGGGGCUAAUGAAUUUUUCAGGGCCAUUGGGUUUGAGAAGACGUCUCUCCCUGUUCCAGAACAAGAGGCCUUGGAAGAAUUCUAUGUGCUGGGGGAGGAUGCCCAAGUAGAGAAGCUAGAACAGCACAAAGUCGCUCUGCAGAACUCAGAACCAGUGCGGGCUCAGCUGGCCCGGCAGCGACGAAUCUUCAAGCCCUCCCCUUUGGCUGCCCAGUUUGACCUACCUGGGGACUUCUUCAACCUCACGACUGAGGAGCUCAAACGGGAGCAGAAACUAAGGACGGACGCUGUGGAACGGCUGUCUGUGCUUCGGACCAAAGCCAUGCGGGAGAAGGAGGAGCAGAGGGAAAUGAGAAAAUAUACCUAUACCCUCUUACGGGUCCGCUUUCCAGAUGGGCACAUCCUCCAGGGUACCUUCUAUGCUCGGGAGCGGCUGUCUGCACUCUACAGCUAUGUGAGGGAGGCCCUGCAAAGUGACUGGCUGCCCUUUGAACUGAUUCCUGUAGGCGGGCACAAACUGUUGGACGACAGCUUAGCCUUCAACGAAUGUGGGCUGGUGCCUUCAGCUCUUCUAACUUUCACUUGGGAUGCAGCCGUCAUGGACGACAUCAAGGCAUCAGGGGCCGAGCAGCCCCCAGGAGCUCUGAAACCUGAACUUCUUGCUACUGUGGAAAGCCUCUCAUGAAAUAAAAAGCCAGACUCAGCCUCGGCCCCAUCGGUUCAGUCUCAUGCUCCUCCUGUUCCUCCUCCCCUCACUCCUUUCAUCUCCCAGAUCUCAAGCAGAAGCUGCCUGAUUCUCACGGCCCUUCACUUGGGGCGGCAGGCUGCAUGGUGGAGGUGGAAUUUGUUCUAGAGUGAGAACUGUCCUCUCAGCAUGGGCAGAUUAGGGUGUGGGGCAGCCCUUUCCUUGUACCAUGACGCUGGUUUGGGGACCAGGGUGUAAGAGCUUCCCCUGGUCUCAGAGAACGUGGCUGGAUACAACUUUGCAGAGGCUCCUCCGCUAGCUGGGAAAAGCUGAAUUUGUGCUGCUUUUUGUAUACAAGAUUUUAAAACUUGCUCUAAUUAGCUAGUCAUGUACAGUUUAUUUAACUUAAGGUCUAGAGAGAUGCUGGUCAUUUCAUUGGUGGGGGAGCCGAUGUUAGGCAUGAGGGGAGGACUUCCUAGGCGGAUGGGAUGUUUCUGAACUGGGCUCAGCUACUCUCUUACGUUCUUGUUGUAUAUAAGUGGACAAAGAAACAACUAGUGUGUCAAUUACAUGAUCCCUGUGAACACUAAAUUAUGAACUUGAUUAAAUAGAAUAUUUGAAUACA